CAUUGCAGUCUUAUGGAGUUGGGAACGUGGGCUGGAGACCUCCCAACAUGAUUCAUAUCCUGUGUGCACAAUAGAGCGAUCUUUAACAGGAAACUAUCGGUGUCACUAAAAGUGUGAAUUGCAUCCGUUUCCACUUCCAUCGGAAAGUAAUCUCAAGUCCAGCGCGGGGCUGUAAUGGGUUCUGCUCUGUGGAUGAUGAUAUGGAGACUAACGUUACAGGGACCGACGAGGUGGAGAAACUGAAGUCUAAAUUCAUGUCAGCAUGGCACAAUGUGAAAUACAGUUGGGCUCUCAAAACAAAAACUGCCUUCAGCCGUAAUUCCCCUGUCUUCUUGUUGGGGAAAUGCUACCAUUUCAAGGUUGUAGAUGAUGAAAGCCACACAGAGAGUUGUACAGCUGAGGCAUCAGACGAUGAUGUCAUUUCCGGCAAUGUUGAUGGUUUUCGGAGGGACUUUACGUCACGGGUUUGGCUUACUUAUCGAGAAGAGAUUCCAGCCCUUCCAGGCUCUACCCUCACUUCAGAUUGUGGAUGGGGUUGUACUCUCCGGGCAGGGCAGAUGAUUUUGGCCCAGGCUCUUCUGCUUCACAUCCUGGGAAGAGACUGGACCUGGCCUGAAGCGAUGACCCUGGAGCCCUUGGAUACAGAGACAUGGACCAGCAGUACCGCACGGAGACUGGUGGCCACAUUAGAGGCCUCUCUUCAGGGGGAUAGAACACAGGUCACUAACUGCCCGUCUCAAGGAGGCGCUGAAGAAGCAGACUCCUACCUGAAAGAGACACAUCACCGCAACAUUGUAUCCUGGUUUGGGGACGGACAUUCAGCCCAGCUGGGCGUCAACAGACUGGUGCAGAUUGGAAUGACAUCAGGAAAGCAGGCGGGCGAUUGGUACGGACCUGCGGUGGUGGCACACAUACUCAGAAAAACUGUCGGCGAGGCAACAGACCCUAUGCUAAAAGGCAUACGUGUAUAUGUAGCACAAGACUGCACUGUGUACAGUGCUGAUGUUAUUGACAGCCAUUCAGGGCAGACGGGCAGCCCCAGUGAUCCUCAAGGACUCAAUACUAUUCCUGAUGGAAGAGCAGUCGUCAUACUCAUACCCGUAAGACUGGGAGGAGAGAAGAUCAACCCAGAAUACUUCAGCUUUGUCAAGAGCAUAUUAAGCUUAGACUACUGUAUCGGCAUCAUUGGUGGAAAGCCUAAACAGGCCUACUAUUUUGUCGGAUUUCAAGAUGACAGCUUGAUUUACAUGGAUCCUCAUUACUGUCAGUCUUUUGUGGAUGUCAGCACAAGCGGUUUCCCUCUGCAGUCUUUUCAUUGCCCGUCACCAAAGAAAAUGGCUUUCAAUAAAAUGGACCCAAGCUGCACGAUUGGAUUCUACUCAAAAAAUGUUGAACACUAUGAACGAAUAAACAGUGAAUUGUCAAAGAUAUUGCAGACGUCUUCUAAAGAGAAAUACCCUGCAUUCACUUUUAUGGAAGGACAUGGGAUGGAUUAUGAACUUUCAGUUCCUUUAGUCAAAAGAGAAUGGCCCUUUAUCAGUGACACAAGGAAAGCAGGAGCAACAUCCGGAGACUUCGUGCUGCUCUAAGAGAAGCCACUAACGCAGUCAAGGGAUACACACUGUUUCUAGAUCUGUGUUUGUUUACACAACACUGUGGGCCUAAAAUGUAGGUACUUGUGCUACACUGGACCGUCAAUUCAGAAUAAGUGAAGUCAAAAGACUUCAGCAGUGCAUAAAGUUUUCAAGGUAUCAAUACAUCUAUAUGUAUUUCUACAUGUGCCAUAUGAAAGCCUUUCUAACAGACUGCUACAUAGUUUGGAUUCAAAAUAUACACAUUUCCUCAUAUAUUUGAUUAACGCAAUGACAAGUGGGGUUAAAAUGUAUUUUUUUAUUUUAAAGAAAACCUUUUUCACUAGAAUCACAUUAUUUUUCUGAGGGCAUAACGUUUUUUCUGAAAAUAAUGAUCAAAACAUAUCUAGUCUACUUUUUGAAGGAUACACAGUGAUUUACUAAAAAUUGAUCAUAACUUAUAUAGUGAUUUGCUUUGUUUACUUACUUUGUUAACUGGAAAGAUAAUGUCCCUUUACCAGGGAGUAGAAAACUGUAUCUCAUACGCCUAAAUAAAUGUCACGGUGCCUUCUGAAAUUAGAUAUUUAAUAGUGAUAGAAGUGUGCUAUCUGCAGAGAUUGAAAGUAACUUAAAAUGUGGAAAAUUUGUUCAGUAUUACAUGGAUUUGUUUUAUAAUAUCAGUUAACAGUACAAUAGUUUGUCGCCAUGUUUGAAACUAAAGAAAUUCAGAGCUGACUAAAGAGAUCCCAUUAGUCUUUGACUAACUAACUGUAGUGUUUUAAUGGUCUAAUGCAGGACAUAAACCAGUAUGAAUCAAGUCAUUAUACUCCGUUUUCUCUCUCAAUAAUCAUUUCAGAUGUUGGUUUAUUUAUUGUUAACGUAAAAUAUAUUUUGCUUACACAUCCAGUGGUUGUGAAUAACAUUUUAUGUUAUUAUUUUUAGUGGAAACACCUUUGGACCAAAGCACCUGUUAUUGGAUCCUGUAAUUGUAGUCACGCAGUAGAUGUAAUAGUGUUCACACAUUGUAUUUAACCAACCAAAAGUUAGAAUCUGUUACUUAUGCAAACCUAGUAAUUCUGCUAUUUUGGGGGUUUUGUAAAUGAUCACAAUGUAUUUCAAUACCAUGCCUUGCCUAAAUCAUUUUGCACAAUGGACAUUUCAGUUUUACAAUUUGUUGACUUCAGAAAUGUACAAUAAAUCUAACAUGAUUAAAUGACAAAA